UAUACAUCUCUUUCUCUCACCAUUGUCACUAUAUUAAUCAUCAUCGUCGCAUUAAUAAUAAAUUCAAUCCGAAUCUCUCUUUUUGUCUCUCUCUCUCUCUCUCUCUCAAUACGAAGACAGUACAUAUAUAUUAAGUAGGAAUUAUUAUUAUAGAAUUUAUAUUGAAAGAGUUUGAAAGCGCCGUCGUGUAUGAACAUGGGGUGCUUCGUGGGGGGUGGCGGGCUGCUGGGUUGAACCGGCGCUCCCAUUCUUGUUUAGUUCGAGAUAGAGCUUUUUGCUUUGAGAUUUCGAGGGAUUUAAUGUUUGGGUGUUGAAUUUUGGACUGAAUCAUUUGUUAUUCUUGUUUUGAAAGAAAAACAGUUUCCAAGACCCGUAAAUUUCUGCUUUUUUUUUUUGGGCUGUAGCUUCUGGGUUGAUGCUUUUUUCCCUGUGGGUUGUUUGUUUGUGGAAGGAUUGCUAAAAGACGAGAGGUUGAGUUUUAACAGCCGUUGUUUUCUUUAGCUGAAUUGAAGUUACGUUAUAUGCUGAAAUUAUGUGAAAAGUUUCAGCUUUUCGGCUAUUACUGAUCUUUAGUUGAAAAGAAUAAAUUAAUCAGUUGAGUCUUGAGCAAGAAAUCAUGGAAAUGGAGAAUUCAUCACAAAUUCCAUUUCCAGCAGCUUCGGGAGAAUCCAAUAUCCCCACUGCUGGUAAUGAAACAAAAUCUGAUCAACUUGCUGAAACAGCUCAGCCCACCAAGAAAAAGCGGAGUCUUCCGGGAAUGCCUGAUCCAGAUGCAGAAGUGAUCGCCUUAUCGCCAAAGACAUUACUGGCUACAAACAGAUUUGUAUGCGAGAUCUGCAACAAAGGAUUCCAGCGAGACCAGAAUUUGCAACUCCACAGGCGGGGCCACAACUUGCCGUGGAAACUCCGGCAAAGAACCAGCAAAGAAGUGAGGAAGCGCGUUUAUGUGUGCCCGGAGCCCACUUGUAUUCACCAUGAUCCCUCUAGAGCUCUCGGCGAUCUCACCGGGAUCAAGAAGCAUUUCUGCCGGAAACAUGGCGAGAAGAAGUAUAAGUGCGAGCGGUGUUCCAAGAAAUACGCGGUUCAUUCUGAUUGGAAAGCCCACAUGAAAACUUGUGGGACUCGAGAGUAUCGUUGUGAUUGUGGCACUUUGUUUUCUAGGAGGGACAGUUUUAUCACGCAUAGGGCGUUCUGCGAUGCAUUGGCGCAGGAGGGCGCCCGGACUCAACCUCUGGCAGCCACGAGUUCAGGUGGAGAUUUAAAGGUUCAGGUUCUUGCGACGCCCCCUGCUGCUUCCAGUCCGCCGCCACCUCCGCUUACUCCGUCCACCGGCGUGUUGUCCCCGGUGCUGUCCAUACAAAGUUCAGCUGAAUUGGCUCCGGAGAAUCAGGCUGCUCAACUACAACCAUCACCUGGAACGGCAGCUUUAUCAUCUUCCACAGCCAUUAUCAACCCCACCAACCGGGCCACGUCUGCCAUGGCUCCGGGUAGCUCUUCCACCUCUAGUGGCCUUGUGUCCGGCCGCACUGGAAUUCUUUCCAGUAUAUUCAAUGCGUCAACCUCUGCUGAACUUCCUCAACCACCGACCCAGCCGGCAUCAUACCCUGGCUUGAUAUGCGCAAUGGCUGGACCUGAUCAUCAAGCCAUCGACCCAAUAUCACUCUCGCUGUCCUCAUCUUUGUAUGGAUCAUCAUCUUUAUUCUCAGCCGCGUCAGAAGUCAAUCCUCAACCGCAAUAUGGUUCAAGCCCACAACCGGCACUAUCUGCAACCGCAUUGCUCCAGAAAGCCGCCCAGAUUGGCGCAACAUCAUCUAGUUCUUCAUUCCUCCGUGGCCUAGGGUUGGCAAUGCCGUCUCCCUCCAAAGUUCAAGACAAUGCCUCAACUAUGGCGUCGGCAACAUCAUCUUCAAAUACUCCAUUGCAUUGGACCAGUGGUGUGAAGCUCGAAAUCAACUCACUAGCAUCCGGUCUCAGACUUGGGCUCUCCUCUAACGAAUCAUCGGUCUUUAAUGGAUCAAUGAUGAGCCGUUCGACAAGUCUGUAUGGCAAUAAGCCCCUGACUCUUGAUUUUCUCGGGCUUGGAGUGGGAGCCGGCGAAACUUCUUCCAGUGGGUUAUCGGCCUUCUUAAGCUCAAUCGGGGGUGGGCUCGACAUGGCAUCAGCUUCAUUAGCUGGGGUAAGAAGGGCCGAGGACACAUGGGACAAUCCAGCUGAUAGAAAACCUUCAGUGUAGUCCCUUUUGUUAGGGAAGUAAAGCUGUGUCCAUCUCUUGGUUUUUCAAGUUGGAGAGAAUGGUCUAAGAUGCAUGUAUACCAGCUCUCGACCGCUUUUGUACAUAACUAUGCUUCGUUUUAUCGGAAAAUUUUAUUAAAUUGGGUUUAGUUAGACUUGAAUUAAAUUAUGGCAAGUUCAAUCCACUUGUCGUGUAAUUUAUAUAAAUUUCAAAUAAAGUGACCAAUUAUAU